AUUUCCCCUGUCAGCAACAUGGCGGCGCACGUGAGGAGAACAGCGCAUGAUGUGGAUGCGCGGGUGCGAACCGGCGACGUUCUGUCUGCGGAGGCGGUGGAUUUCGGCUCCCUGCUCUUGUCUGGUCCAGUGCUGGAGGGCUUGCGGGCGGCCGGUUUCCAGAGGCCCUCCCCGAUCCAGCUGAAGGCCAUCCCGCUCGGCCGCUGCGGCCUCGACCUCAUUGUUCAGGCCAAGUCUGGCACAGGGAAGACCUGUGUGUUUGCCACCAUCGCCCUGGACUCCCUCAUUGUGGAGAAUGUGAGCACACAGGUCCUUGUCCUGGCGCCCACCAGAGAGAUCGCGGUCCAGAUCCAUUCUGUGAUCACCACAAUUGGCAGCUGCCUGAAGGGCCUGGAGUGUCACGUGUUCAUCGGGGGAACCCCGGUGAGCCAGGACAGGGCGCGGCUGAAAAGGUGCCACAUCGCUAUCGGCUCCCCAGGGCGUGUCAAGCAGCUUGUCGAGUUGGGCUUCCUGUCCACGGCCAGCGUUCGCCUCUUUGUCCUUGAUGAGGCGGACAAACUGCUGGAGGAGGGCAGCUUCCAGGAGCAGAUCAACUGGAUCUACUCCUCCCUGCCACCGAGCAAGCAGAUGCUGGCCCUUUCCGCCACGUACCCGGAGUCGCUGGCUCAGCACCUGGCUCGCUACAUGACGGACCCCACUUUCGUCAGGCUCAAUCCCACUGACCCAAGUUUGAUAGGGCUGAAGCAGUACUAUAGACUGGUAAGGUCCCACCCAUUGCCCCAUAAGGUCUUUGAGGAGAAGGUGCAGCACCUGUUUGAGCUCUUCAGCAAGGUGCCCUUCAACCAAGCACUAGUCUUCUCCAAUUUGCACAGCAGGGCACAGCACCUGUCUGACAUCUUGUCGCAGAAGGGCCUCCCUGCCGCGUGCAUCUCAGGCAGCCUGAGUCAGGACCAGCGGCUAGAGGCCAUGGCCAAGUUGAAACAGUAUCAGUGUCGUGUGCUCAUCUCCACUGACCUGACCUCCAGAGGUAUUGAUGCUGAGAAGGUGAACCUGGUGGUCAACCUGGAUGUCCCCCAAGACUGGGAAACCUACAUGCACCGUAUAGGACGGGCAGGUCGCUUCGGUACCCAUGGCCUGGCUGUUACCUACUGCUGUCACGGGGAGGAGGAGAACAAGAUGAUGGCUAUUGCUCAGAAGUACAACCUGAAUCUUUCAUGCUUGCCGGAUCCCGUUCCUCCUGGGUUAAUGGAAGAACCAUGUGACUGGGAUGUCACGGUGGAGAACCUCAAGAUGGGACCGACCUUUAAGGCCUUGGCUGGAGCAGAAAGGAAGAAAAAACGGGUAAAGUCUGAUGCCUUCCUUCCACCAGUGACAGCAAAGGCAGAGGGCUUUGAAGAUAGUACUGACCUUCAGACACGGGGCAGCCCCAAAAAGACCAUAAGGAAUUCAGAAGAAGGGUCAAGGAAAGCAGCUGGCAAACAGCACAGAAAGUUGAGCCUCGCCACUGAUGUCCUGCCUCCUAGAGAGGUAUCGGUUCCAGUAGCUCCGGUACCUGAAAAGGAGACUCCAAACCUGCCCACAAUCCCUCCGCUGCUGUCCUUCAAAGCGAGAACACGCACUCCUAUGUCCUUUGAGGAGGCUGUGGCUGAUUAUGAGAGCUUCAUUACCAACGGCCUUGGCCGGACUGUUGAGGUGGUCUUGCAGUUCACCGGCCCAAGAAAUAUGACCUGUGAUGAAAAACCAGAGCAUCUCCUCCAGCCUGAUGUCCAGCAGACAGACAGUGAGCUGGAGGAGGACGAGAGGGGGGAUGGUGAAAGGAGGAACUCUUGUUCUUCGACCUCUUGCAGCUCUUCACUGUCUACUGGGGGGGCAUCGGACUCACACUCUCAUACAGAGGACGAAAUGGAGGUCCCCAGUCCACAAACACAUCAGUUGCAGGCAGAGAGUGUUACCUUGCAGACAACUGUGACUUCCAACUCAGGGUUGAACCCAUUGGCGCAGGGCCAGCAAGGUGACCCGUCUCAAAAUUCAGCUCCAUCUUCCCACUGGUCACAUCCCCAGUCUCAGCUUUGUCCCAAAGAGGCCACCCCUCAGCACCCUUGGAGAGGACACCCAUGUAAGAAGUCUAAACGUAGCAGAUGCAAGCCCAAAAGGGAGCAGCAGGAAAUGGAGGAGCACGAUGACAAGAAGAGGGAAGAUCCAGAUGGAGGUUUCCAACAGUACUGGCAGGCCUGUUACCAAGCCUGGGAUGAGUACUAUACUACAGUUGCCAGGAACUCCCAACAAAGCUACAACAUGGCUUACAGCUGGAUGGCAGCGUACCGAAUGAACGCCGUCUACAUGCAGGAGCUGCUUAAGCACUAGGUGUUUACUUCUCACAAACCAACUCCUUUACACACUUGUACUGAAACUCAUCAGAUGUUCACAGGGGCUCAAACCAGCCUUGCGGGUGAAGUCAGUAGCAGCAGAAAUGAUGGAGGCUGGCAGUGUGUGUGGGUGCCUACACAAACACGAUGGCUUUGUCUAAAAGUUUGGUUGAAAUGCUGUCAGAAAAUCAGUAGAAAUUUUGGAUUUUAGACAAGAUAUUUCACAGAAGGGGUUUAAAAAAAUUUGUUCACAUACAAUAAGCAGUGAUGUUGUGAAACAUUUAGCCGCUGUAAGCCUUUUAAAACAAAAUAAAUGAUAUGAUGAACUUGGUUCUCUUUCAAAUGAAUGUUCCAACUUCUUUGCCGAAUUCCAUUUGAGGCAUUUUAGGUCUAUGAAUCUAAAGUGACUGAAGUUAAAUAUUAGACUAAAAUGAGCAGUGUCCUGAAUGUCCUAGUGAAUUAACCCCACACCCCUCAGUUACAACCCACUCACACAACUCAAUUUAAUUAAAUUGAUGCAAGACAUUUCAGUUCAGCUUCUUUGAAGUAGACAAUUCCUACUAAAACUUUUUGUAACACUAAGGCUAUUAGUUCAUCUUUUAGAGUGUUAGUGAAAUUCCAGUAUCUUGAGUUUUGAGUCUGUACCUGGCUAACUAUCAAGGCUGUAAGGGUGGGCAGUGUGAUGUCAGGCUGCAUUGAGAGGUGAACUAUUGAUGCAGAAAUGCAAGAAUAAACACCAGAACACACCCAUCCUGAUUAAUGUGUAUUAUAUUAAUGUGUUGUGUGUGUGGAGUGCAGUGAGAAGAUAUCAUGAACCUUAUUUUGUCUGUCAGAAGGAGAUGCUUGUUGGUGCAGUGUUGGGUUGUGGUGGGACGCUGGAAGAUCACACACACCCACACUGUUUGAAACCGCUUAUCCCAAGCAGGGUCGCGGCG